AUGAAGCCUUCUAGGCUUCAAGAUCAUUUUAAUAAAAUACACCCGGAUAAGAAAGACAAAGAUGUGACCUAUUAUCAAGACAUGAAAAAGAAGUACGAAAUUCAGCCAACUAUAUCAAAACUUUUUUCAUCAGCUUCUAAGCAAGACGAUGACGGACUUCGAGCUUCGUACAAUAUCUCAUUGUUGAUUGCCAAAUCAGGGAAACCACACACUAUUGGGGAAGAUUUAAUUUUACCAGCAAUCAAAGAAACUUGUCAAUUUUCAAUUCAGCUGGAUGAGUCCACUUUACCCACCAAUAAAGCACUGUUAUUGUCAUACGUGAGGUUCAUUAAGGAUGAGAAAAUAUGUCAAGAAUUAUUGUUUGCUACAAAUUUGGAAACGGAUACAAAAGGAGAAACUAUAUUUAAUACUCUUGAAAAGUUUUGUGCCGAAAAGGAAAUUCCUUUGAAUAAUAUUUUGUCAAUUGCUACGGAUGGCGCACCGGCUAUGACAGGGCGUCACAAAGGCUUAAUAGCGUGCUUAAAAAAUAAAGAUCCUGACGUGCUUGCUGUGCAUUGCGUAAUUCAUCGCCAGCAUUUGGUUGCGAAAACUCUGAAUGAACGCCUCCAUAUAUCACUGCAAUAUAUCAUCAGAUCAGUCAAUAAAAUCAGAAGCAACUCGUUGAAUGACAGAUUAUUCAAUCAGCUUUGCAUUGCCAAUGAUGAAGAUGUCAACCGACUGCUGCUUCACACAGAGGUGCGCUGGCUGUCAAAAGGUACUUGCUUGGCUCGAUUUUACAAUCUGUUUGGAUCUGUGAUAGAGUUCCUAGAAAACAAAGACCCAGAAUUGCGCGACAACCUCAUCUCAUCAAAGAAAGAUAUUGCGUACUUGACAGACCUGUAUAAAUUGUUUAAUGAUGUCAACCUCCAACUUCAAGGUGAUGACUUAAACUUGAUUAAAACAAAAAAUAGCAUUGCUGCUUUCGUAUCCAAACUACUAUUAUACAAAAGAAAUAUCAGCAGACGGGAAUUCAACAACUUCCCAAAUUUAUCACGAGUAUCAUUCAAUAACGACGACUUGCUUGUUUACUGUCAACACUUGGAAAACCUCCACAGAGAUUUCAAGGAAAGAUUCCAGGACGUUUUAAACAUGGACAUACCAGACUGGGUUUUGGAUCCUUUUUCAAAUGUUAACACAGCAGGGUCAUCCCAGUUAGAAGAAGAACUAAUAGAACUGACGACAAAUGAGGAAUUAAAAAUUAAAUUCAAGAAUGGCUACCAAGAAUUUUGGCUGCAGAAGCCGAUUUCACAACUGUACCCAGGAUAA